AUGGGAACCACUUAUCCAACGAAGCCUAACCUUGAUUUAUUGAAUGAACGCAAAGCAUUUGAUGAAACAAAAGCUGGUGUGAAAGGACUUGUUGAUGCUGGGAUUAACAACAUCCCAAGCUUCUUCCGUCAUCAACCUGACAAAUAUCAGAAAUCCAACAACACAAACCAUGCUGUUCCUGUCAUAGACCUUGUAGAUAUUAUUGAUAAUAAACAAGAUCCAAGUGCUCACCAAGGGACUGUUGACAGAAUCAAGGAAGCAUGUGAAACUUGGGGCUUUUUUCAGGUUGUUAAUCAUGGAAUUCCUUUGAGUGUUCUUGAGGAGUUAAAAGAUGGUGUUAAGAGCUUUUAUGAGAUGGAUGCAGAAGUCAAAAAAGGUUUGUAUACAAGAGAUCAAGGUAAAUCCUUUAUUUAUAAUAGCAAUUUUGAUAUUUAUAGUUCACCAGCACUCAAUUGGAGAGAUACUUUUAUGUGUUACUUGGCUCCUGAUACUCCAAAUCCACAAGACUUUCCUAUAGUAUGCAGAGAUAUAUUGCUAGAAUAUGGGAAACACAUGAUGAAUUUAGGGACUUUACUGUUUGAAUUGUUGUCAGAAGCUUUAGGUUUGAAUCCAAACCAUCUAAAAGAGAUGAAUUGUGCUGAAGGACUAAUUGCUCUUUGCCAUUAUUAUCCUCCAUGUCCUCAACCAGAAUUGACUGUUGGAACAACCAAGCAUUCUGACAAUGAUUUUCUCACAGUGCUUCUACAAGAUCAUAUUGGUGGCCUUCAAGUUCUUUAUCAAGAUAAAUGGAUUGAUAUAAAACCUGUCCCUGGGGCUCUCAUAGUUAAUGUUGGAGAUCUUUUGCAGCUUAUAACAAAUGACAGAUUCAAGAGUGUUGAACAUAGAGUACUUGCCAAUCGUGUCGGUCCAAGAAUAUCUGUUGCAUGCUUUUUCUCCACAGGUGUUAGGUCAUCCUCAAAGCUGUAUGGACCUAUAAAGGAACUUUUAUCAGAAGACAAUCCUCCCAAGUACAGAGAAAUUACAGUUGCUGAAUAUGUAGCCUACUUUAAUGCAAAAGGAUUAGAUGGUACUUCUGCUCUUACACAUUAUAGAAUUUGA